UGUUAUUAUUGAGGAUGGGACAAGUGCUGCUAUAGUAACCGUCAGGGAUGCUGCCAUACAGAAGUUGCUGCUGCUGUCAGACAGAGAAUGGUCUAGUGUACAGAGUGUGGUACAAACACAAGGAGAAAUAUUUCUCCAAAAGACACGUCCGGAGUUUGGUAGUCCAGUGGAGAUGUUUCUUUAUCAAUUAUGCGAGAGCUCGCUCGUCAAGAAGAACUGGGAGAUGUGGCUAAGGACCCGAACUGGGGCGUCCUCUGACUGGUCAUCUGGUGGGAAUCUAGAUAAUUUGACCUUAGAGG